AUAGCAAAGAGUAUUGAAAAUAGAGCGCGGACAUGGAGCAAAUAUCCGCCAGAUUCAUGGUACCAACCAAAGGUACACUCGUAACGCCUAUGAUGAGGCGUUACUGUUUUCAGGCAAAUGAAUGCAAAUGAAUGGUGCAAAAUUUUUCCAUCGCAGCAAACUCCUCAACAAAAUCUGUCAUUGACAUUUUGAAGAUAAACAAAUUGUGAAUGCUUCUAAAAGGAGCGGAUUUUAAUCCACCCAAAGCAGGAGGUAGUCUAAUUCUUUGAGUAAAAAGGAACGUCGCCAAAUGAGAGGUUAGCAGGCGCAUUUGCGCUUCUGAAAGUGUCCCUACGGAUAUCGAGGACAUGGUCACAAUUUGAGAAAUAUAUGCCACCAGAAGCACUUCUUUAAUGCAUGCUAUUGCUGGGGGAGUUUGGACAAUAUUCUAAUGAAGGCGGCCUCAAAUUCCAGACUCAUGGUGAUCAAAAGAGGCCAUUUUUAAUAUCAAAACCCUCCAGCUGAAAAAGUAUGCGAAUCUGUAUCCUGAUCAGAGCCUCGGCGACGGUGGCGGCUAAACCAAGCAAAUUGCAAAAAAUCCAGACUCCUGUCAAAACAAUGACUUGGAAUAGUGAGUGAAACUUUUGCUCGUGAUUCGUGGGAAGUUUUAACCCCGUUUUUGAAACUCGACAACGACUAUCGUUUUGCUAAUUGAUUGCGCGAGUAGUGCGUUUCCCGUAGUUGCUGGAGUACAUUUUUAGUUCCUGCUGCCAGAAGCCAAAUACGACGACGAAGUUUUGCAGCUGGACACGAGACUUUCCUCAAACCUUCGCCAUAUUGUCGGAUUACUCUCCUUCUCCUAAGUCACUCACUGGAACCACUCAUCAUUUGACAGCGAUCAUGAGUGGAACGAAGAAAACAGAAGACAAAAAAAAGUCAUCUGUUUCCAGCAAGGAUGGUACCAACUUUAAACGCUCGAGAGACGAUUUGGACGAGACCGAUGACCGAAUCCAGUCCUUCGACGAACUUUUGACCAGGAUGAAACAGAUGUUUGAUGACACCAACACCAGAAUCGACACCUGCAAAAGUGACCUGCAGGCCGAGUUCACUACACUUCGCGAGGAUGUGCAAUCAUUCAAGGACCGGUGCUCUGUGGAGAUCAACAAUUUGUCUGAUGCCCUCGCACUUACUCAAAACAACGUUAAUCUCAAUCAUGAACGCCACCUCAAAAAUGCCAAAUCGAAUGAUCUGCUGCUCUCUGGCGUUCCAUAUCAUCAACCCGAAGACCUACUUGGUUUUGUGAAGAGUGCGUCGGCGGCACUUGGCUAUGGCGAACGUGAACUUCCACUUAUCUACACGAAGCGAUUGGCUCGGCCCCCGAUUGCACCUGGCUCAACUCCACCGAUUCUGCUGCAAUUCGCCUUCCGUGCUGCUAGAGAUGACUUCUACUUCCGCUAUUUAUCGUCGCACAAUCUCUCCUUGACGCAUCUUGGCUUCAAUGUGAACAAGAGGGUUUAUCUGAACGAGAACCUGACGGAUCAAGCUCGGUCGAUCAAGGGUGCGGCACUCAAACUCAAGAAGUCAGGAAAGCUUCACAGCGUCUACACCAAGGAUGGAUUCAUCUUCGUGAAACCGGCGGAGGGGGGCGAAGCGAAGCUUGUGAAUUCGUUGGAGCAGUUGGCAGAGUAACCUUUCCUAGUAAACACCCGUUCCUACCACGACAACUUCCUUGACUCCUUUCCUUCUUUCCCGUGUUAUCUUCCCCUCCUGAAAGUUCGGCUAUGAAUAUAGCACCAACGUUCAACCUAUCCAGAUUUGCUUUUCUUUUUUCCUUCCAAGCUAGUCCUUGUUUCCGAUCCCUCGUUAUCCUUGACUCCAUCCUUCCUGAAAGUCUUGUUCCGGUUCGUAAAUCAACUUCCAGCUCCUCGAUUUGAUCGAGUUGAGCUCGUUGCUGUUGAUGAUUCGUUGCUGCUGCUGCCCGUUAGAAUCGUUGGGAUCACUCCUCGGCUGGACCGAGUGGAGUCCGUUGCUGUCGCUGGGUCGUUGGAUCUGCUGGAUGGACCGAAUUUGUUGGAUCAUGCUGCUGCGCCGUGUCGUUGGUGAUUAAACACUUAUAUCACACU